AUGGACAAAUCUUCCUACUACCCCGACCCCGACGCGUAUCGACCCACCUACGUGCCCCCGCACGCCCAACAAGCGAACGCGCCGACGGUGGUCGUGCUCCCCGCGACGCAACAGCCGCAGCGCGUGCAAGAAGAACAGAUUCCCGUCGGGUUGCCAGUGCACUCGACGCGCCCCGCGUACUUGGGGGCGACGCAAGGACACGGGACGCAGGUCAUGACGUGCCCGCACUGCGGACACAGUGGGCCCGCGGACGUGGUGCGGGUGAAGGGGGCCUCGGCGUGCUUCGCGGCGAUCGUGACGUUCGGGCUGAGCGCGUGUCUGUGCGGCGACUCGUUCAGCGAUACGUAUCAUCACUGCGCGCAGUGCGACGCGGUUUUGGCCAUGGCGAAGAUGGCGUGA